AUGUUCUCGCUCGUCUUCUCUGUCGUCACUACCCUGGCCGCCGUCGCGAGCGGCCAGGCGCUCACUAUCAACACUCCCUGCCAGCCGGUGCAGCUUUCGUGGGCGAACGGUAAGGCGCCGUAUUACCCCUCUGCCAUUCCUGCGGGGCAGGCGAGUGCUGCGCCGCUGGCCAAGUUUCCCCCGCAGCAGGGAACUGCAUUCACGUGGGUCGUGAACCUGCGCUCGGGGACCGACGUUACGAUCCGCAUCACCGAUGCAACCGGCACGACCGCCUACUCGUCCCCUGUCAUGGUCCAGGACGGGUUCGACGACAAGUGUCUCUCCGAGGCAGUCAACGUGACGGCUGACGACAGGUCCGGCUCUGGAAGCGGGCAGACAGGCGGGCAGAACGGACAGAACCAGACCAACGCGCCCCCGAGCUCGAACGGGGGUAACCUGAAUGGAUCCCAGCAGCAGCCUCAGAACGCCCAGCCUGGCCAGAACCAGACUCAUGCAAGCCCCACCCCCGAAGGCAACGCGACCCAGUCCCCCGCCCAGAACCAGCCUCAGACCUCGCCUGCGGCCGCCAACAGCACCGCAUCGGCGCUGACUGCCUCUGUCGCUGUCGCUGGUGUCGCCGUCGCCGCCCUCAUCGCUGUGGCCAUGUAA